AUCAUAACUCAUAACCAUACAAACAUAUCAAAGACAGAAGAACUCUUUAAAUAGAACAUUUGCAUUCCAUCUAUCAAAAAACGUAGAGCAAAAAGCAUUAGCAUGAAAACCCUUUUCCUUUCCCUUGUCAUUUCCACUCUUCUUUCACUCUCCCUCUCAAAAGAACUUUGCAAUUCCCAUGACAAAAAGGUUCUCCUACAAAUCAAAAAACAUUUUGGCGAUCCAUACCUCUUAGCUUCAUGGAAAUCGGACACUGAUUGCUGCAAGGCUUGGUACCAAGUUGAGUGUGAUUCCACCUCCAACCGCAUCAUUUCUCUCACAAUUUUUGCUGGCAACCUUUCUGGCCAAAUCCCCGCUGCAGUUGGGGACUUGCCCUAUCUCCAGACCCUUGUAUUCCGCAAGCUGACAGAUGUUACAGGCCCCAUACAACCUGCCAUUGCCAAGCUCGUACACUUAAAUUUUCUCAGACUUGACCGGCUAAAUCUCACUGGGACAGUACCUGGCUUUCUUAGCAAACUCAAGAAGCUCACAUUCUUGGACUUGUCUUUUAACGGCCUCUCUGGAUCAAUACCGAGCUCACUAGCUUUGCUGCCAAAUCUUGGUGCUCUUCACUUGGACAGGAACAGGCUGACAGGUUCAAUCCCAGAAUCAUUUGGGACAUUUAAAGGCAGCGUACCGGAUCUUUACCUGUCUCACAACCAACUUACUGGUGAAAUCCCUGCAUCAUUAGGGAACAUGGACUUCAGCGUCAUUGAUUUAUCACGCAACAAGCUUGUUGGUGAUGCUUCCAUGCUAUUUGGGCUGAACAAAACUACUCGAAAUGUGUAUCUCUCUAGGAAUAUAUUGAACUUCAAUUUGUCAAAUGUGACGUUUCCAAGUGGCUUGGAAAAUCUGGACAUUAGUCACAACAAGAUUUUCGGAAGCAUACCUCCACAAAUGACUCAGAUACCUUUGCAGUCCCUGAACAUGAGUUACAACAGGCUGUGUGGCCAGAUUCCUGUAGGUGGUAAGCUGCAGAGCUUUGAUAACUUCACAUAUUUCCAUAAUAGGUGCUUGUGCGGGGUUCCCCUUGAAAACUGCAAAUAGGCCAGUGGAAAAGGAAGCAUUUUCCACUGUGAAUAAGGAUUUGCAAUAUUUCUGAAAGCAACAUGUAUUGAGAAGAUAAGAUCAAUCAAGAAUAAGCAAUAUCUAUUAUUAUCUCUGUUUUCAA